AUGUCAGUCUCACUUGAAGAGCGCAUUCGCGCGCUGGAAAUUAAGGUUCAACGCAACCAAGAUGAGCGCGACAUUAACAUGUUGAUGGGGAGACAUACUGUCAACCACCUGGCAAAGAACAUGCACAAGACUUUGUCAUUCUUUGCCUUAGAUGAGCCGGAUGUAUCUGUGGAGGUUGGAGACCGGGGCGUCUACCGAGGCAGAGCUGCCUUGCAAACCCUGUUCGCGGAACAAUUUGGAUCUGCUGCCCUGAAGGGAAAUCUUCUAUUCGCUUUCCUGACUACCGGCAUGGUCCAAAUUGCAAGCGAUGGUAAGACCGCAAAGGGUACAUGGCGAUCACCCUCUGUCCAGGCUGUGAUGCCGAAAGAUGGCGAGGGCGAGCCUGAGCCUAUCUGGCUUUUUGGAGCCUACGCAGUUGAUUUCAUCAAGAAAGGAGACGAAUGGAAGAUUUGGCAUUUCCAUUGGUAUAGGACAAUCAAGUGCAACCACCAUGAUGGAUGGGUCAAAGACCAAAGCUGGCUCUUCAAGGGCCCUCUUGCCAAUUCGCCCGAUCUCGAACCGACUACCUACCACAACCCGUACACCCACGAGAGCAUCCAAGACUCUAUUCCGCCCUGCCCACCUCCCUACGAUACAUAUGAUGGACCAGAAUGGAUGAAUAUGGACCAGGCCACUCUUUGGAAUAUGUAG